GAAACCGAAACCCGAAAUAUACGAAAACGAUCCGAAAAAACCGGUAGUCAGAACGGGACGGUACAGGAUGGGAUUUUUCGGUACCGUUUUCAUCCCUAGCUCGAGCCAAGGAGUCCGGCGGAAGGCCGCCGGUGUGCGAAACAGCGUCAGCGUCGAGAGGAGAAAAAGUCACCGCGAGUCCAGGAUCCAUGCUGAGGCACUUGGUCCGGACGGGCCAGCUCGCCGACGCGAGGAGCCUAUUCGACGCGAUGCCGCGCCGCGACGAGGUCGCCUACGCGACUCUUCUCUCGGGCUAUGCCGCGGCAGCUGACUUCCCGGGCGCUAUGGCGCUCUUCUCCCGCUUCCGCGCCUCCUCCUCCCAGCCACACGACGCCGCGGAUCCGUUCAUCCUCAGCCCCGUCCUCAAGGCGUGCGCUUCCGCUGCCGCCAGCGCAGGGCUCCUCCCCCUCCCUCACGCCGCCGCGGCGGCCGCUCUGCACGCGUUCGCCGUCCGCUCCUCCUCCCUGCCGUCCGUGUUCGUCUCCACGGCGCUCGCGGACGCCUACGCCAAGGCCGGCCGCCUCGACCUGGCGCUGCAGGUGCUCGACGAAAUGCCCAGCAGGAACGUGGUCUCGUGGACCACGCUCGUCGCCUCGCUGGCGCGUGCUGGCCGGCGGCACGACGCGCUCCGCCGCUUCGCCGAGAUGCGGGCCUCCGGCGUGGCCUGCGACUCCCACGCCUGCUCGGCGGCUCUCACGGCGUGCGCCGACGCGGGGCUGCUGCCACGCGGCCGCGAGGUGCACGCGCUCUGCGCCAAGCUCGGCCUCGACGCCGUGCCCUUCGUCGCCAACGCGCUCGCGGCGCUGUACGCGCGGUGCGGCGAUGUCGACCGCGCGCUGGCCGCGGUCGGCCGCAUGGGCUCGCACGACGUUGCCGUGUGCACAACGCUGAUCGCAUCCUACGUCCAGACCGGCCGCACGGAGGAAGCCAUCGAGGCGUUUGUGAGAAUGCUUCGCGAUGAGUCGUCAAAUUCUGCUUCACCAAAUGAGUAUACGUUCUCUGCCGUAAUUGCCGCGUGUCCAAAUAUGGAUCGUGCAUAUCUUGGAGAGCAGUUACAUGCACAAGCUGCACGGAGAGGGCUAUCUCAUGCCCGCUCUGUGGCCAAUUCCCUUGUCAAACUCUAUUCCCGCCGUGGCCAUCUUUCAGCUGCUGAUGCUAUCUUCCGGGAGAGUGUCGUCAAGGAUGUUGUCUCCUGGAGCACAAUUAUAUCAGGAUACACACAAGAAGGCCUCGCCGAGGAGUCUUUUGCCUUGUUCUCAGAAAUGCGGCAUCACAGUAGCUGCCCUCGGCCGAAUGAGUUUACUCUUGCCAGUCUCUUCAGUGUGUGUGCAAGUGCUGCGUCGCUGGAUACUGGACGCCAGCUGCAUGCACUCGCUGUUGCUGCUGGGCUUGAACACCAUGCAAUGGUCAGGAGUGCGCUUGUUAACAUGUAUGGAAAGGGUGGUAGCAUGUCAGAUGCUAAUGUCGUAUUUUCCAAUCGCACUAAAGAUGAUGUGAUUUCAUGGACUGCGAUGAUCGUUGGGCAUGCUGAGCAUGGUCACAGCAAAGAGGCUUUUGAACUGUUUGAGGAAAUGUGCCGUAUCGGGCUAAAGCCAGACCAUGUUACGUUCAUUGGUGUACUCACUGCUUGCUCUCACGCGGGGGAACUUGAGCUCGGAUUGAGAUACCUCAAUGCAAUGAACAAAAGCUAUGGGCUGGAGCCUGAAAAGGAGCACUACGGUUGUGUUGUUGAUUUGUUAGCCAGAGCUGGUAGAAUACAUGAGGCUGAGGAGUUGAUUGGAAGAAUUGCUGCUGAGGAAAGAGAUGGUGUGGUUUGGACAUCCUUGCUUAGGGCAUGUGCUGCUCGAGGGGCAGAGGAAACUGGAAAGAUAGCUGCAGAGAGGAUGAUGGAGGCAGAGCCAUGGGGUUCAGGAGCACAUGUGGUGAUGGCCAACCUCUAUGCAAGCAAGGGGCUGUGGUGUGAGGCAGCACAGGAACGCCAUUUGAUGAAGCAGAAAGGUGUUCUAAAAGGUGCAGGGUGGUCAUCAGUCGAAGUUGGAGGGGACGACAGGGGGGUUGGAGUGUUUGUUUCAGGAGAUCGGACAAAUCCCCAAGACAGUGCCAUCUACAUGAUGCUUGAGCUGAUGUACUAUGGAGCCGGAAUGGUUCGACAAAUCCCUGAUCAGUUGGAUUUAGGAUCUGAAGGGGAGCUAACAGUUUACUAAGUCAUCCUGAAAGAAGCACUGACUAAAUAGAGAAAUUUACAUGGUACCUUGUCAAUGAUGGAACAUCCAUCGGAGGACAACAUAAGGAUACACAUUGUAUCCUGCUCUUCAGUUGCUUCAACUUCAAGCUAUAAUACCUGUCCAUUUAUUGUAUCUAUUGUUUUUUGUGGGUGGCUUUGCCCUAUUCUAAAUGCACCAACUGUUUUUUAUUUAGCUAUUUGAUAUUUUCCCUGCUGGACAUAAAUCACUACAUUUAUGGCUGAUGUAUUUCUACUAAAUGGAACAUAGUGUAGCAGCUCUAGAACAUGGAAAACCUUAAAUGCUUGUUUAUGAUUAAUCUAACUCUUUUUUUAUUCAUGGCUGUUCAGAUACUUCAUGAAGUGAGAAUAAAGCGGGAUAGCAAAAGGGAGGUUAGUAGAUGCAUGAAAUCCUUAUAGCCCCAGCUUUUCUAUAGGUACAUUUUCUCGAGAGUUUCCUUUUCGCUGUGAAGGGCAGGCUUCGUGCUUGGUGCGAGUUGUCUCACUGGGUCACCAGGUCGCAUGUUCGAAGCAGUCUCUUCGCAUUUGUGGGGGGAAGGCUUGCCUCGGUUUACCCCCUUCCCCAGACCCCACUCAUGUGGGAGACUCCGGCCCUGGGUCUGCCCCUUUUCGCUGCGAUGUGAGUUUGGGUCAUUAAUUAUGCAAGCUUGCACUGAAUGGUGGUUCACUGUCUGCUUUUCCAUCCUUUGAAUUUUCUGUGAGAUUUGCCUUUCCACUGCAAUGUAAGUUUAAGGCCAUUGAUUGUGCAAUCUUGCACUGGAUGGGAGACUUGGAUUUCUCCCAUGGUAUGGACUGGUUGAUAUGUAUUAUGUCAUAUAGCUGUAUUGUGCCAUUCUUGCCAGCCAUGGGCGAUUCAGUCAUUUCCAGUACACCAAAUCUUAUAGUCAAGGAAUGCAACAAAACUGUUUUCAUAUCAGAAGUAAGUCAUGGCGCAGCCACAGCAGAUAAAUGACUAAAUGGUGCUUGAGGCAUACUCUGUACAUAAAGGUCCUUCCUCACUUGAUAUGGCCUCUCCAGCAAAAGGAAUAGAUGUUGAAGCUCCUUCCUUGAGUGAUAAUGCACAAGGUUCAUUGAUGUGGAUUGUGGAAUGUCAAUGAAGAUGGUGUUGAAAAAGACGCAAAUUUGGAAGAGGGCAAUGCAGAAAGUUUGGCAAUUUUUGAACAUUUUUCUGAUUCUGGUAAUGAUAUGCAAUCUGAAUAUACUGAAGUUGUCGCUCAUUAGGAUGAUGCCUCGUUAGAAAAAAACAGAUGACUUUCAUCAUAAGGCCUUAUUCUGAGCAUAGCCAACAUAAAUCAAAAUGGGCAUAAUUUUUCUUACAUGUAUUUCUGCAUGUGGUUGUUCAACUUAUAUGGUUCUUAAGACCCUAACACUGAGUAAAUAAGUCGGAAGUGCUUAUUUGUUCAACUUAUGUAAGUGUUUGUUCAGUUUGAGGAUACGGGCAGUGUCUGGCUAUUGGCUAAAGCCAGACCAUGUUACAUUCAUUAGUGUACUCACCGCGUACUCACACACGCAGGGGAAGUUGAGAUCAAACUAAGAUACCUCAAUGCAACGAACAAAAGCUGCAGGUUGGAGCCUAAAAAUGAGUACUACAGUUGUGUUGUUGAUUUGUUGGGCAGAAAUGUUAAGUUUUCCGGUGCUUCUAGGCCCAUCAGUCACUAAACCAAUAGAAUCUAAGCAGACCUUCCUUCUUGCAACUGGUAUUUGCUGAGCUGAAAUGGUCCGCCAUAUCCAUGAUCAGUUGGAUUUAGAAUCUGAAGUGGAGCUAAACAGCUAACUGAGUAAUCUCGGAAGGAGCACUUACUGCAAGGGAGAAAUUUACAUGAGGCCUUGCCAUCGGAGGACAAUAUAAGGUCUUCAUAAGAUAUCUGCAAAUCAUUCAGAAAUCUAGGGUGCGCUGAUGACUUCCAGUCCAAUCAAGUAUUCUAAAAAAGAAUUAUGUCCCAAACAAACUACAAUACCUGUGGCCAGUACAGGCUAAAUCGUGCUCAAGUUAGUAUCUGCAUCAGAUUUGUAUUUUAGUCUACCAAACUGAUAUAACCUUGGUAGUUGGUACAUUGCUCAAGUGACUUGGAGCAGAGCAGAAUGUGAAUAUCUGCCUGAUGAUCCCUUUUACAGCAAAAGCAUGCCAGAGUGUGUGUGUCGUAUUCAUUCGUUUUCCAGAAGGGAGCCCGGCCACCAUAUGGAAGGAAAUUCACUCUUCAUAGUCACAACAGCAUCAGUGUAUUCCGUGUUGCACGUACUGCUCUUUAAAUCUGUACACUGCUAGUAAAAUAUUUCUUGACUGACUUGCUGGAUAUUCUUGUGCAGCCUGGUGAUGUUUUCUAAUGUUACAGUAAUAGAGUUAAUUUUCAUCCCUUAUGCCAACUGAUCACAUGUUACUUUACAGCAUUGACGAUAGAGUGAUGUAAAGGUUAAUGGUGUCGAUUCUUUGUACAGCCUUUUUUUUACUUUUUUUUGUCUCUGUUGAGAUGCCAAGUUUUGGUGUAAAUUUUUAAUGCCUGGUUUUCAUGAGCUAGACUGCCACCAGAAGUCUGUUUUUUUAUCAUUUUGUGUGAAGUGUUGGUUGUGGACAAAAAAUAAGUACAUUAGUUUCAUUAGUGAAUGAAUGGGAUGUGGAUAUUCAAAGUGCA